CUGCGCUUCCGGGUUCCCAGCCGGAGCCUUGGGGCCGCGGAGCAGAGUCACUGCCUUCCAAGAUCCAGUCCCCAUCCUGAUCACCAGCUAUUGCUUGUGUUUGCUACUGUUUAUACCCGAGACCCUGUGCACUCUGCAACAAGCUGGGCCUAAGUUGGGCAGCCAGUCUCCUGGUUUGUGUGGCACUCAGGUGCAGCAAGUUGAAAUUUCAGUAGCAGACCUAGGUGUGAAGUGUUCUUCGAUGUGAACCCAGACUACUCCACACUCUUGGAGAGCCUUCUUUUCCCUGGAGCUGCUUUUACCAGGAUUCAAGUGUGUGUUCAGGCUUUGGGUCCAUCAGGGCCGAUGAUCUCAAAGCAGAAGUCUGUGACUCCCCGAGUGUAUUUUUCUGUACUUGGGGCUCCUUUUACACAGAAUAUAAAACUUCUCCUACUUCCUUCUGCCUGCACCCUCAGAGCAGAAUAGACUAGUUGGGGCUCUUUUGUUAACAUUGCUAUUAAUGAUUUGUGUUGCGGUAAUACCUAGAGUCCUUGUCCAUGGUUGUGGCUCUCGUUGUGCAAGGCACUACAAGAAAAGAACGCAAAGGAGCAGGAGACUGUAAAGUAAAUUCCUAGAUUUCCCCCUUUGAGACAUGGCAGGUCCUUAGCUCUACAGCCUGCUUCCCUGUUCUAAUAGAACCUGAGCCCGACCGUCAGCCCAUCUACUACUUCAGGCUUGUGCCUGGGUGGUAAAUGCAUGAGGAAUAUUUACAUCGUCCCAGGGGAGAGUAUUGGGACUGGCAUCAGUCAGCAUGUUCUGAAUUUUGUUUGAAAUUGCGUGAAUGCAUGCAGAGCGCAUUUGGUAAAUCUAACAAUGUCAAGAUUGUCCUGACCUGAUUGGGAGCAGUGAUCUGGCUGUGAAGACUUUCAAACAGACUAUGAAUGUGAUCUGCACAUCCUGCUGAAUCUGUGUUGCAUGGCAGGUGAAAUUAAUACUUCAGCUUGUUCACUUAUAAGUUAAAAUCUUCCCCCUUUGUCUUCCUACAAGUGUCAUGUGAUCAGUGUUAGGUGGCAGCAGGAGUUGAAAUGCAUUCCAGUCACACAACUGAAAAUGGACCUGACCCCAAGGUAGUUAUACAGUUGAUCAAGAAGCAGUUGGUGAGUUCCAUCAAGGGAUUGCAGAAACAGUAUGUAACCUCUGAUGCCGUUGUAACCAGUGACACUGACGAUGCUAAUACCCUGUGCUGUGCACUAGAGGCUGUGUUUGUGCAUGGACUGAAGGCGAAGUACGUAAAAACAGAGGCAGGAGGAAAAGUGAAAAAACCAUGUGGCCGUGCACCUCUUCCCCAGCCUGUCUUCUGGGGCUUGCUGAAAACCAUCACGCACAGAAACAUCAUUUUAGAGCUGGAACAGUUAAGUUUUAUCAGCACUGAUGUGGGGCGCUGCCGUGCCUGGUUAAGGCUUGCCUUGAACGAUGGCCUCAUGGAAUGUUAUUUGAAGUUACUGCUACAAGAGAAGUCCAAGCUGCCUGAGUAUUAUAAGACAUCAGCUCUGCUUCUGGAUGCAGAGGAAUGUGAAUUUCUGCUUAGCUUCUUGCAGGGGUUAACUUCCCUGACCUUCGAAUUGUCCUAUAAAUCAGCAGUUUUAAAUGAAUGGACUGUAACUCCCUUGUCCCUGUCUGGUCUUUGUCCUGUUUCAGAGCUUCUGGAGCAUCUAACAUCCUCCAGUUCUGAAUCCCAGAGAAAGGAGUCCCUGGGUUUAGUCUCACGUUCUUCGGGAUCUGAUGAUAUUGAAGUUCAACCCAGUAUAUUGGCCCUCAGCAAAAAUGAGGACAAAAGUAAACAUAUGUGCUCCACACUAAGCCAUAACACUAUGAGUUCAUCCCAGCUGUCCUCCAGCCUUGGCUCUGAUGGCCUCCUUCAGGCCAACUGCACUAGAACUCCUUAUAGGUAUGAGGAACCCCUGUCGUGUGACUCUGAUUUAGGGACAGCAAACGCAGAGGAUUUAGAUAGAUCUCUGCAAGAGGUAUUGUCUGAAUUCAGCAAAGUACAGCAAGUCUCUGAACCCACCGAAGAACCACUCCUUCCUAAUCUAUUGGCGCCUGCCCCAUUGCAGCCCGCACUUCCUCCUGCCAUCUCCAGAGCCUCUCACCUGCAUUUAAAUGCAACAGUGGAGAGCACUCUUUGUUCUGCACCGCUUCCUGACACCGAUAACCCACAGUCCAUCUGUGCGAACGAUCUAGCUAAGGCCAACAAGAUAUCGGAUCCUCCUUCACAUGUUACAGGAAUCCAGUUGUUGUCUCAUCCAAUCAUAACACACAAUGGUGCAGCAGACAAAGAUUCAUCCCAACAGCUUUACGUUAUUAACCCAGAGGAUAAAGAUGGAACCAGUAAGAUAACUGGUGAUAAAGAAAGCCAAGAGGAUCUCAGCCCAGUGACAGAAUUCUUUCUUUCACCAGCAACAGCUUGUCCAAAAAGAAGGAGCUGGAUAUCAGAAGAUGAUUUCUACAGGCCUUCUCCAGAAGGGAGCAGUAAAGGCCUAACUGAUUCUUAUGGGUCCUCUCUUGAGGGGCCCAGAGAAGGCCAGUCCACAGAACUGAUCAGUGCACUCGGUUUGGAGGGACCCCCCUUAUCCUCUUCAAAGACUGGGAAGCCCAAGCCAUCCCCUGACCAGGAACAAAAGGGCUUCCAUGUUGUUCAUCGCAGGCAGAUUGGUCUUUCCAAUCCAUUCCGAGGCCUCCUGAAGCUGGGCAAUCUGGAGAGGAGGGGAGCAAUGGGCCUCUGGAAAGAGUUCUUCUGUGAGUUAUCCCCGCUGGAGUUCCGCCUCUUCCUGGACCACGAAGAGCGGAUUUACAGUGAGAAUUACUCUCUGCUACGAUGCGAGUCGCUGGGGCUGGUUCACAGUGAUGGCCGGUUUGAGCUGGUGUUUUCUGGUAAGAAACUGUGCUUACGAGCGCCUUCCCGAGAUGAAGCUGAGGACUGGCUAGACAGGAUACAUGAGGCUCUACACAAGUGUCGGCCUCAGCAAGAGGAGGAAUGGGAGACGCUUUACUGUCCAGAAGAUGACCUUGAAGGACACACAGUUGGAGUGUUGCUCAGUGACUCAGCUGCUUUGCUCCAGUACAACAACACAGCUGGAAAUGCCUAUGAUUGGACGUCUUCUCUUGCACCAGAAUUAGAUGCCAUUAAAGAAUCGGUUCUUUAUAUGGAUGUAGAUAAAGCUUGGGCUCCUUUUAUUUUUUCCUUGUCAUUAGAAGCUUUAAAAUGCUUUAAAGUAAAAAACCAUGAAAAAACAUUAAGCAACAGCUAUGGAAUAGAGACAAUCCAAGACAUUCUUCCCGACACGAGUCUUGGUGGGCCUGCGUUUUUCAAGGUGAUAACCUCUAAAGCCAUCUUGAAGCUGCAAGCUGAGAGUGCUGAUGCCGCCGCAGCAUGGAGGGGGCUUGUUCGUAGAGUAUUAACCUCAUAUCUUGAAACUGCAGAGGAAGCACUGACACUUGGUGGCAAUUUGGAUGGGAAUUCUCAGGCAAUCUUGAAAAACACUGUAAAGGAAAAUGGCUUUUUCUUACAAUAUCUGGUGGCCAUCCCCAUGGAGAAAGGACUGGACUCCCAGAGCUUCAUAUGUGCAGGUUGCUCCAGACAGAUCGGACUCAGUUUUGUGAAGCCCAAACUUUGUGCAUUCUCUGGCCUCUAUUACUGUGACAGCUGCCAUCAGGACGAUGAGUCUGUGAUUCCAUCGCGCCUUAUCCACAACUGGGACUUGACUAAAAGAGCAGUUUGUCGACAAGCUUUAAAAUUUCUGAAUCAAAUCCGCAGUCAACCUUUAAUCAAUCUGAAAUUGGUGAAUGAAAGUCUGUAUACUCACGUGGAGAGGAUGAGUCGAAUCUGUAGAAGCAGAGAACAGCUGAAACUACUUGGCGAUUACCUUAUAAUGUGUCGCAGUGGGGCCCUGAAGGAGCUGAGCAAACGACUUGAUUAUCGGGACUAUCUCUUGGAAUCGCCCCAUAAAUACAGUGUAACUGAUCUGAGACAGAUAGCCGAUGGCAUAUUUGAAGAGUACCUGCAAUCUCUGAUCCAGUUUGCUUCCCACCACGUCUAUAACUGUGACCUCUGCACGCAGCGGGGCUUCAUCUGUCAAAUGUGUAACCACAGCAGCAUCAUUUUCCCUUUCGAGUUCAACACAACCACGCGAUGCAGAGAUUGUAAAACUGUCUUCCACAGGUGCUGCCAAGACAGCAUGAAAUCUUGCCCCCGCUGUGAACGCCGGCAGAAAUACCAGCAACAAUUGCAAGCGGACGUCCUCAUGGAACCAAAUAUGUAGUGAGCAGCUUCUCACAGAUGGACUCUACGCAGGCCUUUGCUCAUCUGCAAAUUCGUGACCUGGACACUGUGCAAAGGAAGGGAAAAGGGAGUGCAUGCCAAGUGCCAUUCAGUCCUAGAAAAUACAUUCCUGCUACUGGUUGGAGCAGCUCUUGCUUGCAGAUGUUCACCAGGGUAGGAACAGCCUAAACUGUACAGUGCUGUGAGAAUGCCUAGGAUAGGUGCAUCUCCUCAUGUACAAGCAGAGGAUACUGCUCCUGUGAGUGCUGAGAAGAGAGCCAGUGAAGUAAAAGCCUGCUGGAAAGGAUCAGUGACUCGCAAAGUAAUGGUGCUUUUAUUCACACUACCUGGUGCUGCUUAUUUUUUGCUGAAUGUCCCUCCCUGCGAAAGAAGUGUGUUCCAUUUACUGAGCUCCACUGGUUCUCCUCUUAGAGGAGAUACUACUUGGGAUGGAAAUCUGAUAGAUUUCCUGUGUGAAAAUCCACAAGGUUUGCAGUGGAGUGCCUGUAACAGAAGUAUGUUAAAGGCAUAGUUUUUUAGGAUUCUCAAUACUGAAAACCAGAAUUUUUCAUACGUGACUUUGCACAGGAACUGCAUCUCACCUGCUUGGAAAAUAAACAUAGCAGCUACCUGCAGCCAAACUGCAGGGGAACUUUUCAAGAAAAACAAUAACAAAACCUGAAGCUGACAUGAAGCUCUUGUGCCUUUAACACUUUGUCCACAGUGGCUGCUUGGUCCUGCUGUUUUCGUGCCAUGUGCCAAAUGCCUGGGGUAUACUGUGUAAGAUGAGAUGUCCAGAAGUCCCCCUGUGAGAGGAGAGACCAUUCUUCUGUUCUGCAGAGAAACCUCGGGCUCUUCCACAUCUAGCAUCCACCAAGAAAAGAGGCCUUUUAAAUAGCAAAACAAAAAUCCCAGAUCCUCCUGGGCUGCUACUUUUUAUUUCUUGGCCAAUAAUGAGGCUGCUACUAGAUUUUAUUUUCCUUUCACUCUGAUAUGGAGAUUAUUAAAGUCUAUCUAAUAGGGAAUAUGUCCUUUGUGAAGGUUGCUCCUCUUGCUGGUGGAUUAUGGAAAAAGCUUUAAACUGGUCUGGAAUCCAGUUUCUACAUUCUCAGUGGAAACACCUGCACAGGGAAGAAAUAAAUUGGCCUACAGCAUGGUAUUAUGUUAA